CAGGUCACAAAAUAUAAUAUAUUAUUUACCCAAGGCCGCGUUUUACAUGUGAACGAAGCUAGAGGAGGGGCAACGGACGUCGAUAUGGACCAGGAACCGUCGGCAAGUUUGUGUGUGAUCAGUUAAUCUCUUAGAGGCUAGAGUAGUUAAAGCAAUGUAUCGACGAUGAUAAAUUAGCUACACACAUCGGUACGGCGUUGGAAGACUUGCGUUUCUGGCUACUGGUGUUUAAGUUUGUAAUAAUACAGUCGGGGGUUUUUUCGUUACAUUUUCGUAAACAAUAAAUGCACUUUCAUUAUAACGUUAGCUUUUGUUUAAUUUAAUGUGAUAUUUUACGCGUGUGGAAGUAGUUGCGUGGAAGUCGUCAGUAAAACACAAUUAUCGGGUUGCGAUUUUAAAAAUACAUUGACAUUCUUUAAAUACCUAACGCGAUUAAAGAUCUCUGGGUUCGAUGUUUAAAUUCUAAUACGUCUUCUUCUACGAUCAACCAUCAACUUUACUUAGAAUCGUCGAAUCCAUAGGACUUAUUUUCCCCGAAAUUUGUCCACGAUGUGGGAGUUGAAUAAUUCAAACGCUUACCAAACCAAUGAAUUUUGUGUAACAGGAGAAGAUUACUACAGUAUAUCACCCCAGUGGGACGUGGACAAUGGUUAUUCGAGCUACAGCGAAAACGAAAGGGAUCUGGCGACAGUUCUGAUGAAUUUAAAAGAAGACUGUAAAUCGCAUAGCAAUAACAGCCACGAGGAAUACGUUCAUAAUUACUAUAAUUAUCAGACGAACAAUUUUAGCAGUGAUAGUAAUCUGCACCACCAACACCACCACAACAACCCCCAUGACCAACACCAACAUCAGCAUCAUCAACAACAACCGAGUACGUGGCACACGCCUAUUACGACGGCAUACGCGCCAAAUGAACCAGCUCAGCGCGUACCAGUGUAUAACCCUUCCAUGGACUGCGGUUACUAUCAACCGACCGAUGACUGCAACUACAACUUACUCCCUACCAUUUUAGAUAUAGAUGAAGAAUUUUGCAAAGUCAACGUGUCGUCAGACGAGAAAAAACGGGUGGGUCGACCGAGAGGAACGAAAUCGAAACGGUCCAAGUCGGAACCCAAACUGAGCAGAAUAUGGGAGUUCAUCAGAGACCUUCUGCUAGACGCUCAAUAUUGUCCUACGUAUAUAUGUUGGGAAAACUACGAAGAGGGUAGGUUUAGGUUCGUCCAGAGCGACAAAGUUGCUAAACUGUGGGGCAAAUUCAAGCGCAACGAACGAAUGAACUACGAGAAGUUUAGCAGAGCGAUGCGAUACUAUUAUAAGACUGGUGUUUUGUUGCCUGUGCAAGGUAAAAGGCUCGUCUACAAAUUUGGGCCCAAGGCUACUGGAUGGCACACGGACAAUCCGAAUUUCAAAUACGCGUACUAAAAUUAAUCUAAAUAAUAAUUGUUUUGAAUUGUUGUGGUCCGCAGUUUUAUUUCUUUUUUACAUUACCAAUUCAAUUUGUUUAAAGAUUUUGUUACAUAUACUUAUACUUUCUUACUUUAUGUUAUUAUUAAUUUUUUUCAUAAUGAAUAUUAAUCAUUAUUGUAAAAAUCAUAAAAUACCUCAGUUAUUUAAAAACGGGUUUACCUAUGUUUUUUGUACCGUUGUCUAGUUGUAGGUAUAUAUUAUAAUUAUAAAAACAUGUUUUAUUUUUUAACAGACAUCAUUGUUAUUUUACCUUUUUGUAAAAAUGACAAAAUUAUUACUAAUGAAUAAUAAUAAUUUUAAUUGCGGAACUGGACCCAAUUUUUGGGGACAGAAGGAGGUUUAUUUUUAUUUUAUAAGAAGUUUAUUAUUAAUAUGCUAUUAGGGUUACCAAAUAUUUUCAUUACUUAUAAUAAUCAAUCAACAAAAUAAAUUAUUUCAAUUUAUAGUUUUAUAGUUUACCUUGUAAUUUAAAUCAUAGUCACUGACUAAGAGGAUCUACUGAAAGCUAUUAAUAGUUCCAUGAUAAUACAU